GAACGCGCUUACCUUAAUUUCGGUCUUAACUUAAAAAGAUAUUUUUCUUCUUCAAAAGGAAAAUCUAAAACCUUUCAAGUUUAUUUCACCCUUCUUCGAUAUUACACGAACCUCUUCAUCUUCUACUUCUUUUACUAUUACUACUACUACUACUACUACUAUCAACAUCGAAAGACCAAUCAUGUCUUUGGAUUUAUAUUAUUUACCAGUUAGUUCUCCCUGUCGUGCUGUUUUAUUGACCAUCGAAGCGCUAGGUUUGUCGGUUAAUUUAAAGGAAAUCGAUUUGUUCGGUGGAGAACACCUACAACCAGAAUACGAACAGCUUAAUCCACAAAAGACUAUACCAUUUCUCGUAGACGGUGAUUACAAAUUAUCAGAAAGUCGUGCAAUAAUGUGUUAUUUGGUUGACGAGUAUGGUAAAAAUGGAAGACUUUAUCCGCAAAAUCCUUCAUUGCGUGCAUUAGUUAAUCAAAGAUUGUACUUCGACAUUGGAUCGAUUUACAAACAUUUCAGUUCUUAUUACUAUCCAGUGGUGUUUUACGGUGCGGAAACUUACGACGAUGAACAAUAUGAAAAUUUAAGAGGAUCAUUCGAUCAAUUGGAUAUAUUUCUCGAUGGUCAAGAUUAUGUUGCUGGUCGUAGUUUAACCAUUGCCGAUUUAGCAUUGAUAUCGACCGUGUCUACUGCUGAGACAUUAGGAUUCGACGUUUUCAAAUAUAAAUACGUUUCCAAGUGGAUGGACAAAAUCAAGAGUUCGGCUCCUGGUUAUCGAAAAGCUAACGGUGAGGGUCUGGAAAUAUUAAAAAAGUUUGUGGCUGAUAGGAUGUCUCAGUAAAUUUUAAUCCUAUUAUGGUUACGUAGUCUACAAGGAAAUAUAUUUUCUCUCUCUUU